AUGUGCCUCUCGAGGUGUGUCAACACUUCCAUCGCACUGGAAUGCAAGAACGAUAUGUAUUUGCGCAGAACUCACGACUGCGCACCUCAGUGUCCGAUCGGUGACUUCCCGACUGAUGGUGCCAACGGCAUAGGUGGCUAUUGCACACAAUGUCCAGAGAAUUGCAAAACAUGCGCCAAUGCAUCGAUAUGCCUGGAGUGCAAGAAUCAACGCUAUCUCACCAUUGACUUUCAGUGCAGUGCCGAAUGCACAAAAGGUUACUACGAAAUCAAAGGGGACGCUUGGGACAAUGGACUCGGCGGCUGGUGCAAAUCUUGCCACGAAAAUUGCAGUGCCUGCAACAGCUGGGAAGAAUGUACAGAGUGCACUCUUUACAACUUCAGAACACCUGAUGCAACUUGCACGGACUCAUGCCCCGACACAUACUACAAGAAUGGUACGGAGAAGACUGGAGGUGAAUGUUUGCCAUGUGCAGACAAUUGCUUCGAGUGCGUGAGUGCUACCACCUGCGUUAAUUGCAACAAUUCCCACUUCCUCUCACAAAGCGGUGAGUGUGUUGAGCAUUGCCCCGAUGGGGAAUACGAAGUGGGAGAAGAAGAAUUUGGACGCGAAUGCAAAAAAUGUCCCAAUGACUUCAACAAGUGCCUCACAGCCACCUACGCCUCAGAAUGCACGAACAAUUUGUAUCUCACGGCAGAAGCACAAUGUGAGCCAUUCUGUCCAGACGGAUUUUAUCGAGCCCCCCCUUCACGGCAAACUGAUUGGACGUGA